GGGUGUGCGUGUGUGUGUGUAUAAGUAACACAACACACCCCAUAAGGUCACUGCUUCAAAACCCUUCAGCCUCAGUCCACCAUCUCCAUUCUCUCCAUUAAUUUAGAAUAGAGGCUUGGUGUAUUUCUUUCCGACGAACAAAGACCAUGGAGCAAAAAAUAGUAAUCAAGAUUUGUAUGCCUGACCAGAAAUCCCGCUCCAAGGCCAUGCAAACUGCAGUUAGCUUCUCAGGUGUUGCAUCUGUUGCGAUUUCGAAAGAUGACCAUAUGGAGGUGAAAGGAAUUGGAGUGGAUCCUGCUGACCUAAUAAAUUGUCUAAGAAAGAGAUUUGCUACUAAAACUUCCUGUCUGGAAAAACGAAAGGGGUUUGCAACGCUGGUAAGUGUAGAGGAGAUCAAGAAGCCACCACCAAAACCACCUGAACCCACAGCCAAAGAUAAGCCUAAGCCGCCCGGGCCAGUGUGUGGGCAAUGUGGGUGCUGCAUGCCAUGUCCAUGCGGACCAUGCCGUCGUCCUAUGUAUGUGUGUGUGGAGGAAUAUCCCAAGUACUGCUCCAAAGACUGCGAUACUUGCUCAAUCAUGUGACAAAUAUGUCUCUCCAGUCCAUGCUCCGUGUCACAACGGUUUAGCCCAUGAAUAAGAGAAUAAGAUAAAAGAAAAAAGAAAAAAAAAAUAUAUAUAUAUAUAUAUAAUAAUGGUAAAUUGAAAGCUGACAUAUAUCCACGGUCAAUUCUCCAUGUCCAGCCUUCCAAGUUAUUGCUUUUUUUUUUUUUUUUUUUCAUGAAGUGCUUUGUAAUUUAAGGAUUUAGUUUGUAAUCAAACUAUA